AUGAUGAACAUGUCUGCAGGAAGUUCAAAGCUUCAGGGUCCGCGGCCUGCGGCUCUUAAGGUGAGCAAUAGCUCUUCAAAGAUUAUGAAGAAGAAGAACAAUAAUAAUAAUGUUCAAAGAGUAAAAUCUCCUGUAGUGAUAUAUUUGGUGUCUCCCAAGAUUAUUCAUGUAAGACCUGAAGAAUUCAUGGGGUUCGUGCAGCGGCUUACCGGGAAACAAGCGACGGCGAAUUCAAAUUCGAAUUCAGAAUCUUCAUGUGCUACUGUAAUGGAAAAUGGUGAUGAGUGUGUUAAUGGUGGAGCGAAUUAUGAAGAUGAAGUUGCUCUUUCGGCGAAUUUGGCUGCCGCAUACCCUAGCUUAUGUAUCGACAUUUAUGCGGAUUGGGAUAACUUUUAG